AUGCCACAUCGAGCUCUCAAGAAAGACCCGACUCCGACACCUCCAACGCUUAACGAUGACGCUCCCGACAUCUUCCCAACUCCCGCCUUACACUCCCAAAACCUGCGCCUCUCCUACGAAAUAGCGCGCGGUGAGCAAGGUGUGCUGACCUUCGAGCCCUACAAAUCGAUUCUGCUGCCUCACUGGCGAUUCCGGACAGUGCCGAUGGCAGAAGAGUCGUCCAAAACGUUGGAAAGCGCGUUCGAAUUCUACGUUGGAAAGAAGGAUUUGGUUGGCGCAGAUAUGGCGAGGAAGUUUCUACAGAUGGGGAUGACGAGGGCGAAGAGAUACGCAAACCACGCCGGCGGUCUCAAAUACAAGAAAUCCUCCCUCGAAAACAAAAAAGAAGCAAAACGUACCCAACUCCCGAAAAGUACAGGUCACAAGGGUAUGGAAGAGAAGCUGGCCGCGAGCGAAGUGUUCCAAAAGGUUUGGAGAAGAUGUAUUGAAGACGCUGAAUACGUUAAGCUCAAGGAGGAAUGGCGGAAGGAGAAGAAAGCUUAUAUACAAGCGGGUGGCAAGGUGGAGAGGCAGGUGUAUGGGAGUGGGAAGAAGGAGCGGAAGGAUGAAGAUAUCGACAGUAAGAUUAAGAUAGAAGAUUCAAAUGAUGAUUGA